GGCGCCUCGCGGUUCUGGGCUGUCAUCAUUGGAAUUGACGGGUACAAGAGGUAUCCACUGGGCAGCUGUGUGGCAGAUGCAUUAUUGAUGAAGACAUACUUGGAGAAAGAUCUCAAGGUUCCUAUAAACCACAUACAACUUCUCCUUGGCAGGAAACAUAUGCCCUCAAACGAUCCUUCCAUUCCGUCACACGACAAUAUCAUGAACAUGCUUUGCAGUCUCAUCAGCAACCCCAACAUCAAGAAAGGAGACAACAUCGUCAUAUUUUUUGCCGGUGAUGGCUCAAGCUACACUUCCUCGGAAUAUCCGAGAGAUGCUCUCUGCCCCAUCAACCGCGACAUCGUCGAUGUCAGUGGACACAAAAUUCCCGACAUCAGCGAUCAAGAGAUUAAUACAAUUCUCUAUGAAAUUUCGCAGGCUAAAGGGAAUCAAAUCACCAUCAUCCUCGACUGUUGCCACUCUGCUAGUAUCACUAGA